AUGAGUAAAAUGAAGAAGAUGGGGCAAGAACGACAGGUCAGCAGCCUGCCUUUGAAGGUGGAGGGAUGCUGGAUAUGGAUAAACAUUCUAGGUAGAUCUAUUUGAAAGUAAGGCUCGCUAGUUGGACUGACACUGUUGUGUGAGGAUGAUGUCAUGAGCACUGAUGACCUUCUGCCACUUUCUGAAGGGAAGCAAUGUAGCAAAGCAGAUGCACAGCGGCUAUACUCUGAUCCCACUAUUACCUCAAAUGAGAUUCUGUUCUGUUUUUCUGGGUUGCCCUUUACUUGUAUUCUCAUUUAUGCUAUCAUUAAACAGAAAGGUUAUAGGACACUUGAGUGGCUUUUGAGAAGCCCCAACUAAAAUAAUAGUAACUGGCUGUAUCUAUGAAUCUAUUGAUUUUUGAAUGUGAUAUGGAUAAUUAUCUCUGGAUUGCUAUCCAUGGAGACUUGGUCAGCACUCAGGAAAUGCAUUAUGAACUACCAAAGAGCAAAAUGUGCAAAUGAGCAGGGCACUGUAAUUCCUCGGUAUAGGGACUUGAACUGCAACCAUUGUAAGUAA